CCUCACCUCCAUGAGUUCGGCCGUUGACGAUAUCUCGCACUCGCACAUCACGACGGAUGCAACCUCUUCUCUUGCUUUGACCCUCUCCCCGCUUCUUUGUACGGCUCAGCCUCAAGAUUUCAUACAAUAAUCAACUAUCCUCGACGCGAUACACAAAAUGAGCUCUUAUCAGCCAGCCCCGCUCCCCGUCUCCAACCCCACCUCGUCGUACUGGUUGAGUCAGCCUCAUCCAGUGCUCGAAAACUUCUGCUCCGGCGGGGAGCUUCCGUCGCAUGCGGACACUGUUAUCAUUGGAUCCGGUAUCACCGGGGCUCUAAUAGCGCAGCAGCUAUUUGCAAGGAGCCCCAAUGCGAACGGGAAGCGUAUUGUGAUGCUUGAAGCCCGAAGUGUUACUAGCGGGGCUACUGGUCGUAAUGGCGGCCAUAUCAAGCCAGAUUGCUACAAGAACUUCGCUACCUUCCAAAAACGUCAUGGUUCCGAAAUGGCCAAGAUGUUGUGCCGCUAUGAGCUCGAAAAUAUGAAGGAAUCAGCCCAGUUCAUCAUUGACCAAGGGCUCGAUGACGUGGUUGAUCUCGUCAAGACCCACGCAGUGGAUGUCUUCAUGGACAAAAAGGCCUGGGAAGACGCACAGCACUCGUUGAAACUGUACCGCGAAGCUGGUGGGGAUUUGAGCGACAUCACUGUGCAUGACCAGGCCCAGUCAGAGCAGAAAUUCCGUUUCAAAGGUGUCCUUGGUGCAGUGUCGUACCCGGCAUGUAGCCUCUGGCCUUACAAGCUGGCCGUUGGCCUCAUCGAAAGAGCCGUCUCUGAUGGGCUUCAGCUCUUCACCAACACACCAGCAGUAGCAAUCUCCCCAGCACCGAAUGGCAAAUGGCAUAUCGAAACGAACAAAGGCCGCAUCACGUGCGAUAGGAUUUUCCACGCUACAAAUGCAUACAUCUCGAAACUGGUUCCGGACUUUGCGGGCAAAAUCGUCCCAGUCAAGGGCAACGUCGUCGCUAUUGAUCCCGGAUCUGGGUUCUCAUCUCAGCCCCUAGAUCAUACAUGCAGCAUACAGUGGGGAAGUGACUUUGACUACAUGAUCCAGCGGCCCACGGAUGGAAAGCCGUUCAUCUUUGGCGGUGGUGAUCUCGCGCACCCAAGAAAGCUUGCCGGACCCUUCGGUGACGCGGAUGACUCAACCACGACUCCAGAGAUCGUCGACGCUCUCCUCCAAUUCCCCGCCAAGUACAUGAAAGGGUGGGGCGAUAAAGCAUCUGCCCGUGUGGCUUGGUCUGGCAUUAUGGGAUUCACGGCGGACGAUCAGCCCUUCAUCGGUGAACUACCGGGACGUACCGGUCAAUUCGUGGCAGCUGGCUAUACUGGCCAUGGAAUGGCUCGAGUUUUUCUUGCCGCAAAAGCUUUGGUCCGGUUAGCUCACAAUGAAACAGUUGAUCCAAGAGUUCCGGGGGUUUACUUUGACAUUGAGACAAGAUUGAAGCAAAAGGAUGAGGAAUGGGAUAGCAUUUUGAAGGAAGGCUACAGCGGACUUGAGGAAUCCCGACGCGUGCCGCUACAAAAACUUUAGAUUCUCGCCCUGGUAUUCCAGCCGAAGGAUUGGCGAGAGACGAGUAUAUCUAUUUGCUUCCCAAUUUAUGUCUCAAACAUUUAGUCCAGGUUUAUGUGCCUUGUCGUUAAAUAACCAGACACUGUGAAUUACUGCUUAGAUUCAAAUUCGGUAUACCUCCCCGGCUACACAGGCUCGUAUUUC